UUACCUUUUUUUAUACUUUAUCUGCAGGGCUAUGAGAAGAGAUGGAUGGUGUUGUUAGGAAAUGAGAUUCAUAUUUAUACAACAAAAAUUCCUCAGAGAGAACAAGGUUCUUCAAAGCCCAUUCAACAUUACCCUCUUCAUCCAAGCAUUUCAAUUACUGUGGAUAAUGAUUUCAAGAUGCAUAUUAAAUGUGAACUUUGGACCAUCAGAGCACAGGCUACAUCUAAUGAAGAGAGGGAGAACUGGAGGAUACGAAUUCUUACAAUUGCAAGGGGAGAGAGUCCUGAUCAGGGUAGGUUAUUACCAGGUCAACAGGAAUUGCUUGCUGACAUCCUUCAGAAAGAAUCAGUGCGUAAAAUGAACCAUGGUAAACCAGUAGGAACCAGGAGAGGUAGUCUUCCAGGAUUGCACUUCUCAGGUCAGGCUACACCAGGAAGAAGACGAGGAAAUUCAUUUACUGAUGGCCAACACCAGUAUACAGAUAAUGCAUAUUACAAGUUUUUACCAGAUGAUAUAGCCUUUAGUCAGGUGCUUCCACCAGUAUGGUUCCUAGGGAAGAUCUCAAGAUCCAAAGCAGAAGAGAUCCUCCACCAGUCAACAUCUAAUGGUGAUCUUCUCUUGAGAGAGAGUGAGGCUCACCCAGGGCAGUAUACACUCUCUGUAAGACAGGAUACUGAUAAUAAGAGCCUCAUUAGACACUAUAUGUUUAAGAAAAACCCUUUUGGGUUCACCCUACUGAUUGAAGAUAAGCCUCCAGUGCUAGGUUCAAUGUACGAGCUGAUGUGGUUUUUUAUCCAAGAGAGUGGAGGACAUUUAUUACCCAUACAAAAGAAUCCCAAUCUACCAUCUACAAUUUAUGACUUCAGUGUACCGACUCCACAAUUCAAAGAUCCAGCGAAUGGAGAGACAUCAAGGCAGAGCACUAAAGGACUGAUGCGCAAGUCACACAGUCUAGAUGAUCACAUGACUCAUCAUGUGACUACCCCAGAUCAAGAACCAGAAAGUGAUUACUUGGUCCCAGAUAAUAUCAGUCAAAGAGGUCGGCCGAUGUCGACAACUAGGCCUUCUUUAACAAGUCUGACUGAAUCCUUUGACGAACCAGAUGAUACAUAUUCACCUGCUGAUGAUGAUCUUCCACAAAGAGAUGCUCCUAGGCCACCAUCAUCAGCUGGUCAGCAUCACCUCCACCCUCCACCUCCAUCACCCCACCGGUCUGAGAUACCUCUCCCCUCACUCCCUGGGGGUAGCAGUAAUCUUACAACCGGUUACGUGAAGAUGAAAAGCUUCCAUUCUUCCCCAACUCUCCAAGGAACAAGGCAUGAUGAUGUUGGGUAUAUCAAUAUGAAGAAGCAAUCUAGUUUGGAUGAUGGAAGUAGACCUGAUAGUAGUCAUGGAGAUAGUGCGAGGGGUUCUGGUAAGAGUGUGACCCCGCCUCCUCUUCCCCGCAAGUCCCGUAGUCACCAUGGUUACUGUACCCACUUAAAGUCUGUACCAGAAGAGCUUGCCGAGAGUGGAUUUACAUCACCUGUAGUACAGCAUUUGAAGUCUCCUUUGAGAUCAACCAAUUCCUGCCCUCCUAACAAUAUGGGAGAACUUCAGAAAGCUUUUAAGAGAUUUGGACUCAAAGAGGAAUCCAACUCAUGAAGAGAUACUAUCCAUCUCUAGGGAUGAUAUCUGAUAUUGAAACAGGAUAUAAUGACUUAUAUUCCUUUUGGAGAAUGAUGGGAAUGGUGUACAAUCAAUUCAUGGAGUGGAAACAAGAUGGCAUUUGCUGCAAAGGUUGGAUAGAUUUUUUAACUGAGUGGAAGUGAAUUGUAUGAAUUUUUUGUGAUGACACAUUUCUUCUGGAGAAAUUUCCAUUGAUGGAAACAGAUUUACAUGCCUGUUUGCCUGUCACUACUUCUUAUUUCAGGUUAUUCAUGACAUAAGUUGUUACUUUGUAAGGUGCACACAUACACGUAAUGCAUACAUAUUGUGUGCUAAGAUUUGAUUAGCUGGGAGUACAUGCAACGUACAUUGUGUUGCUUUAAAAACUGAUUCUUAAUGGAUUUGGCAAAUAUUGCCCACUGAAGAAAUAAUCAAUGAAUGUAAAAUAUGGAAAAUGAUUGCCAUAGAAAAACACCUCGGAUAGGAAUAGGAAAUAAUAAUUAGUAUUGUCAUUAAUUCCCUAUUCCUGGCAUAUAAUGGAGACUUAGCUUUUGGAUUGAAUGCGUCAUGUGCAGAUCCUUCAUACAAACUUGAACUGCUGAGCUAUGUCUGUUUGGAGUUUUUAAGAUAUUUCCUUUUACUUUGUAGUGAAGCAAGACAUCCAGUAGAACAACCAAUGUAAAAGAGAAUCAAGGUCUUGGUCUACUAUGCAAAUAUCUCCAUUCACCAGCUUCUUUAAGAAGUAAGACCAAUAGGUCAAGCCACUCUAUCUGGUUCUGGUAACAGAUCUUGCCUUUAAAUGUCUAUUAUGUGCCUUAAUAUUUUAAUCAUUUUUUUUAUAUAACAUGAAAUAUGAACUCAUUGUAUAAAUUUAGUAAUUUGCAAUAAUGUUUAUAUGAAGGUAGAUUGUAUUCAAUGAUAUAUGUAUAUGAAAUGAAAGAGGUUUUUAAAAUGUUAUUUGUAGACAGAUCUUGUGUAAAUACAAAAAAAAAUAUUACUGAUCAAGGAAUUCCAUUCUAAUUCUGGUUUACACCUCAAUGAUGGCAUUCUUUUGUUUUCUUUUGAGGUUAUUUUAUCAUAUUGCCUGAUGGAAAAAUUAUUGGUUUCUCAGCAAAAUAUUUUAGUUAUUGAUCAUUCACGUGUUACAAGCAAUUUUACUCUACACUACUGUUUAUU